AUGUCUAAUUCUCUCCCACUUGUGAAAUCAGGAGGAAAAGAAAUUUCUGACUGGGAAUUUGGGCUUUUCGACUGUUGUAAGAAUCCUAUGAUGUUUAUAUGAGCAAUAUGCAUUCCUUUUGGUGGAGACUGCAUGCAGGCAGCAAUAGCACAAACUGCUGAGCCUGAAAAUAAGAAUGCAGCCUGUGUCGCUUGCUUUUGCUCACUUGCUCUCUGCUGCUAUGGGAGUGUUUAUAACACUCAUAGGUUGGCAAAAAAUUUGGGACUAAAAGAUAAUAUAUUUACAAGCCUUUUGGGAGCGAUAUUUUGUGAUCCCUGUGGAACAACCCAAGAAUGGAUGGAAACCAUGAAUAGAGUCAAAGGUAGCCAUACAAUAACAUUUGCGGAUUAUUCCAGAGAUAGAAGAAAUAAAUAA